AUGCGAUUUGUCGUAGCUUCGGAGACUGAAUCACAAGUUCUGCCGCCCUUUGAAAUCGAACACACAGAAGGAUUUUUUGAGACCCAGCAAAUUCUUAUUUGGCCUCCGGCUAGUAGUCACAAUAGCAAUAUCCCCUCGGUGUUCUACUUCUGCGAGCCCCUUGGUAAUUAUUCUUAUCGGAGGAAAUUCCACGAUCUCUACAACACACUUCUCACUGGCAAUGUGUUGCACUCGAUGCAAAGUCAUCCUGAAUCGAGACAAACAUCGAGUCUCUGUCCGUGGUACAAUUUCUAUCAUCAUGAGCAUUAUUCCUAUCAGUCGAGUAUCACAUCUGUCUCCGACCUAGCCGUCUUCUUUUCUGAAAAAAUGUUGACGAGGCCCAUAUUGACCGACUACUUCUGUCCGUGGUCUCAUGUAAACGGAGGAGGUAUUUGGGGCAUCUUGGGUGGGCUGUUUGGUAGGCGACGACGACGACGGCGACGACGAAAUUGGACUGCGAGCACAUCUGUGGAAAACAGUGUAAGUGGCCAUGAUAUGGCUUUCCUCUUCAACACCAGUUUUGAAGUGGAGGAUAGUGACACUAACAAAGAAUGUAGAGUUGACGAAGAAGAAGAUGAAGCAGAAGAUGAAGAGGGCGAAGAAGAUGAAGAACAAGAAAAUGAUGAUUUUAAAGAAGAAGAAGUAGAAGAAGGGGCCGUAAAAGAGAUGGCAGAAUAUGAUGCGGCUGAGAUACAGAAGCAGGUCAACGCGAAUGAGGUGGAAGUGAAGGAGAAUGUGGAAAAUUCGGAAUCUAGUGGAGAAGCAGAUUCAACUUUGGAAGACUACAGAACAAGUGAUGUUGAUGGUGCUGAUGAAGUGCAAAGCGACAUUGCUGAAGUUGAAGUUGAGGAAGUUACAUCUCACGAGCAGGUCAAUGUUCCUGAAGACACGCAGUCAUCGAGGUCUUCAGACACAUAUCAAGGAGAAGAGCCAGAUUCGGAUGACUUUGACGACGAUGGAUAUAUAACACACGUUGGCCUUUCCGAUUCGCUCCACAGCAGAAAGUUGAUGUGUCUGUGCAUGGGAAUCGGAUCCCGCCAUGGCGAGCGAGUGUCGGGCGUCUGCUUUUGGAUGUCUGCAAUUUUUGCGAUUUCACCGCUUUCGCCACUGCUAAAUCUGAUGCGACACUCCACGGAACCAAAAGCCCACCUAAUUGGUGUUCUGUGGAUGACCCCAGUUGAUGCUCUUUCUCCCUUUCACCACGUCCCUAUUCCUCGUCAAUAUGUUGAAGGUGGGGAAGAGGUGGAACGCCCAUACCCGCGACCACUUUAUUUGCGAUUGCUCACUCUGACAGCCUUUCUGUCCAAUUGGCUUGCCUGGUUCUCUCGAAUUGAGACCUAUUCGUCACUGGGCAUGUCUCGUGUUCCGCCAGCAGCCGUGUCCGACCCAGUGGCAGGAUGCGUGUUGCAACCAUGCAGUUUGGGUUGUGGUCAGUCUCCCCUUAUUGAUCUCUGGCCGCUUUGGUUGGCCCGACGACUGCUACUCUUGCCCUUUCAUUUACCUCGACUGUUUGGCAGGCACAUCUCGCUACAUUUCUUUGCAUUCACUGACGUGGAUGGAAUAUAA